AUGCAACACAGACCGCCACACUUUGCAGUGAAACAAACUCAAAGCAAUAAUACAAACACAAGUGGAGAAAAAUCGCUAAUUUAAAUGUUUAAAUUUCAUCAAUAACGCUACUUCCAACUGUAAAAAUUCAAUUCACAAAAGAAUAACAACUGCGCUCUUCACACAAAUAUCAACUGCUGCCGGCAAAGUAUGCAAAUAUGGAUUUCCACAUACUGAUCGUCAUUGGCUGUGUGAUCGGCGCAUCGCUGCUGUCCUUUUUGUUCAUCAACAAGAUCUUCAGGCGCAAGACCUUUGAGGAAGUUGUGGCGGAGAAGCGGGCACUGAGCGCCAAUUUGUAUGCGCAGAACAAAAGCGGAGGCAAUGCAUCGUCGCAGCGCAAACCGAAGAAGAAGGAGCUAAAACGUGAAAAGAAGCAGCGCCAGCGAGAGCAGCAAAAGGACAAUGCCAGCAACAACGACCAGGAGGAGCAAGAUGACUAUUCCGAUGGCCAUUCAGAGGGCCAGGGCUCAGUUGGUGUGGAAGAGGAAUCGGCACAGCCCGGAUUGUCCAAGCAGCAUGUGGAAUUCGAUCCUGAUCCAGAGGUUCUAAAUGAGCCGCAGCGCCGACCCAGCAGUGCCGAAAAGGAAAACCAGCCCAACAACAAUAACAACAAGAAAGGCAAAAAGGAUAAGCGCAAUGGCUCAGGACCCAAGGCAGCUGUUGGCAUUCUGGUGAACAAGAACGAAGCCGUGGCUGUCAGGCCGGUAACUGCGGAGGAAACACCCACUUUGAACAACUUUGAGGUUCGUGCGCCAAAGGAUGUGGUGGAGCUGAAGAAGCAGGAGCAGAAGGAACGCAAGGAGGAUAACAACAACAGCACCAAGCAACAGGCACAAAAGAAAAACGGCAACGCUGCCAAAAAGGAGAAGCCCAUCGCCGCUCCAGCUCUGCUCAGCGCUGCCAUGGAACAGCCCGUGGAGGUGCCACACGUUCCCAAGCAAAUCAUACUCAAGCAGCAGUCCACAGGCUCUCCCAAGCUGCAGCACAAUAACGUGAAUAGCAAGAGCAACAAACAGCAACAGCAUGCGGGCAAGAAGCAGAAGGAGACGUCGCUGAGCGUGAAGGAUCUCGUGCAGGCACUGGACAAACUCGCCGAGAAUCAGACUAUUGGUGUGUCGGCUCUGAUGAAUGUCUUUUCGCGGGCCGAGUUGAAUCGUUCCGAGAUCCAAAUGCUCAUCGAGUAUCUGCUCAACAGGCAACAGGAUAUGCCCGCCAGUCACGGCGAUUGGUCGGAUGACAUAUGCCAGAAACUGAAGCGUCAACUGGACGAAAAGGAAAAGCAGCUGGCGGAGGAACAGGAAGCUUCGAUCGGCAUCCAAGCCAAGUUGCGUGAACUCCGCCAAGAGAUUAACACCGAGCGCGCCCAGAUACACAAUCGCUGCCAGGCAUACAACGAGAAGCUGUUGAGCAAGGAUCAGGAGUUGGCAGCACUUAACCAGGAGUUAGCCAGUGCCAAUGAGAAGCUGGCGUUGGAGCGCCAACAAUUCCAGGCGAAGCUGUUGCGUGAAAAGCAGGCCAGCUCCCAGGAUCUGUUGCUGCAGCUGCAACGCCUGCAGCAGGACCUGGCGCACAAAGAGAAGGUCAUUGCGGAUAUGACCAGCUUUGUGAAUGCCGAGGUGCAGCAGAAGAACGAAGUCAUACAGCAGCACGCACAGCAGCUGCUCGCAGUGGAGCAGCAGCGCGACGAGCUGGAGGCUCGCCUCAACAACAGCGUCUUUGAGCUGGAGCAGCGCCGGCAGCUCGAAACCGAGAAUGCCGAAAUCAAAGAGGAGCUGCGCAACCUAAACAAUGCUCUCGAGUCCACCAAGGCCGAGCUUGUGCAAUCACAGGGCGAACUGGCGCGCGUCCGCAACACAGAGCUGCAAGAGCUGCGCCAGCAGGCGGCCAAACUGGAAGCCACCAAUGCCAGCCUUACCCAGCAGCUCAGCCAAGCGAACAGCCAGGCCGUACAGGCUGUGCAGGCCUCCGCACAGCAAUCGGAGCAGGCCCAGGUGCAGGCCGAGGCCCUAACUAACCUACAGUCAGAGUUGCGCACCUUGACCGAUAGCCAAGCCACGCAACAGCAACAGACAACCGCUCUGCGGUCCCAGCUCGAGGAGGCGCAACAGCGCGCCGAGAAGCUGCAGGAUAGGGAGCGCCAGCUGGAGAAGGAGCUGCAGGAGCAGCGCGAGAAGAAUAAUGAAAUUCGUAUGAAAAAUUGGAAGUUGAUUGAAGCGUUGCAAAAUGCCGAAGCAACCGCCAGAUCCCCAACAACAGCAAAGACGAAAACAAAUACAGCGCAAAACGUAGGCCAACAACAGAAACAGUUGCAGCAGCAGCAGCAACAACAGCAACAGGCGGCCGCUGCCAAUGGCGAGGACUUGAGCCGUGCGUCCGCCAACUCAGCCAAGGCGGAGCAGCAGCGUAUCCGGGAGCUGUACCAGCGCUUGUAUCCCGAUGCUGUCAAGGCACAUGCCGCCAGCGCACUCAGCACUUCGUUUGAGGAGUGGCUGCAGCAGGUGCUCGCCACACACAUCAAGCAGCAACAGGCAGCCGCUGCAGCAGCAGCUGCAACAAACAGUAGUAAUAAGUCCACGCAAUCAAACAGCAGCAGUAGCAGCGAUCACAAUAGCAGCAGCCACAACAAUAUUAGUAGCAAUAAUAGUAAUUCGAAUAGUAAAUUCUCCGCUAGUGCUGCCGAGCAGCAGGAGCUGCACACACAGAACCUGAAGCUGCGCAAGCGAAACGAUGAGCUCACGCAGCUGGUCACCAAAACGAGCAACACUCUGGUGGACUUGGAGCAGCGGGCCCGCGAGCAGGAUGAGCACUGGCGCGGCAUUGUUAGCCAAAAGGAGCAGCUCAUAUCCAAGUUGCAGCAGCAUGCCUCAAACGGUGAACAGGACAUUUAAUGUCGUCGUGUUGGAUCGCCGCCCUUGAUAAUAAACAGCAGAACCACAACGAUAAUUGACAGCAAUCACAACGUUUGUCGAACUUCCCAAAAACCACAACAACAAAAACAAUUCUAACAAUCUAUUAAGUUUAAAGUUAAUAUUAUAAAUAUAUAAAAACAUAAAAACGAAAAAAAAAAAAAAAAAAAAAAAAAAACACAACUACAAAACUACAAAAUAGGUGGAACAAAAACGGAAAAAACAGUAAAUAUUAAACGAGCCCAACAGCAACAUUUAACAUUUUAAAGUAGAAAAAAUAAUGAAAUUAAGUAGUGCUUUAAAGUUUUAUGUUUAUAUAUAUAUAUACAUAUACAUAUACAUAAACUAAACAAGCAAACAAAACUUGUGCAAUGUUGAACAUCUAAAUGUGAAGCGAAGGAAUGAAUUAAUAUUAUUCAAAUUGAUGAGUAUACACAUAUACAUAUAUAGCCUGUUAGCUGCCCGUCUGUAGUUAGGACUUGCUGCUUAGGCAGGAGCAGCGUGCAAUUGAAACCACGCCCACGCUCACAAAUUGCUGCUGUUGCACCUGCAUGCAUACACACACACCUAUUUAUACAAAUCGAUUGUUUGUAAUUUUGAUUAUUUAUAUGAACACAUACACACACAAACAUAUAUAUAUAUAUACAUAUAUAUUACUAUAUUAUAUUAUAUUAUGCUAUAUUAUUUGUGUUUACCUGCAUUUAUGAACCACUAAAAAGUGCGCGCUAAUAUUUAAAGAUUUGUUUGUUUCAUUAUGUUAAGCAACUGAAUCGAAAGUCCACUUAAAUCACAGCGACUCACUAAAAUCAUACAAAGAUAAACAACUAGAACACACAUUUAGCAACUGUGAAUGUCCAAUAAGAAAUUCCUUUUAGAGUGUACUAUGUUCCGUUAGAAAAAUUGUAUGUGCAACUGAUUUAUUUUGUAUCUUCUGUUCGUUUAAUUUUGUAAACAGCGCAAAGUAUUCAAUGUAGCCGCAGCAGUAAAUAUGUUAGUAGAGCAAAUGGUUAAGCCCACAACAGCAACAUUUAAUUAAGCAUAUGAUAAAUAAAAAUCUAAAAAACAAAAAUAUAAUAAUUAAAAAAGUAAAAAAAAAACAACAAAAACUAUUUUUAUAUACAUAUAAUAAAUGAUUAAAAACAAAAACAUAAACUUAGUAUAUAAGUAAAGGCAAAUUAUAAAUGAACACAAACUCAAACAAAUUGUUGUGCGAAGGUUACGAAAGGAAAGCAAAUUAGCAAUUAAUGUCAAUACUUGUUGCAUUACGAUAAAGUUAAAUUAGGAAAAGAAAAAACAAAUUAAAGCAAAAACAAAAACAGGUCGCAAAUUCAGCAUUGUUAUUGAUUAACACUGAACGCUGGCGUCUCCUUAAACCGAUGUGGGCGCUGCAUUAUAACAACUAAUGAUGUAUAAUUUAUGCUAAAUGAGAAUUAAAUACACACACACACUCAUAUGAAAA